AUGCAGCAGCGAGUAGCCGACGACGCGGAAUGCCCAGAGCCCCAUCGCGAUCGUCAUCAUCGCACGCGCGGUGAAGUAGCGCUGGAUGAGGUCAAAGUAAAUAAACACCGGGACCUCCGUCGAGACGGUCAGGACCACUGUCAGGCCGAAGAGCACGAUCGACCCGUCGAUUUCACCAAGAAAGACGAACAAAAAGGCGUUGAUGACGCUGUAGCCCAUCCCCAUUGCGGCCGACCCGAGGAGCAGGACGAGCAGCCGCGGCCGCCUGACGACGACGCGGAUGACGUCGGCGAAACGGGCCUUCACAGGCUGCUCCUCCGUUGUAGAGAAAGCGGGUCCGUCCACGCCGGGUUCGGGAUGGGCCACCGCGUCCUCGAGACCGUUCGGGGCGUUUUCCGGUCCGACCUGGACGUCUUCCGCCGCCUGCGCGCGACCACAGCAUUCACGGGGUUUCUCGACUUGAACCGCCCCUGA